CCAAUCAGAUGACGAUUCUGGGUCAGCAUCAGGUUCUGGAUCUGGUUCAAGCUGUGGAAGCAGUAGUGACGGAAGCAGCAGCCAAUCAGGCAGCAGUGACUCUGACUCUGGUUCGGAGUCAGGCACUCAGUCAGAAUCAGAGUCUGACGCAUCUAGAGAGAAUAAACAAAUUCAAGCUAAACCGCCAAAAGUUGAUGAAUCUGAGUUUUGGAAGUCUAGUCCAAGUAUACUUGCUGUGCAAAGAUCAGCAGUUCUUAAGAAGCAACAGCAACAACAAAAGGCAGCCUCAUCAGACAGUGGUUCAGAAGAGGACCCAUCAAGUAGCGAAGAUUCUGCAGAUGACUCAUCCAGUGAAACCAAGACAAAAAAACAUAGAGAUGAAGACUGGCAAAUGUCAGGAUCAGGGUCAGUAUCGGGAACUGGUUCUGAUUCUGAAUCAGAGGAAGAUAGGGAGAAGAGCAGUUGUGAAGAAAGUGAAUCUGACUAUGAGCCAAAAAACAAGGUCAAAAGCCGGAAACCUCCAAGCAGAAUUAAGCCCAAAAGUGGGAAGAAGAAUGCAGGACCAAAAAAGAGGCAACUUGAUUCAUUGGAGGAUGAGGAGGAGGAAGAGGAGGAAGAGGAGGAUGAUUAUGAUAAGAGAGGAUCUCGUCGCCAGGCAACAGUCAACAUUAGUUACAAAGAAGCUGAAGAAACCAAGACAGAUUCUGAUGAUUUGCUGGAAGUUUAUGGAGAAGAUGUCCCACAAACUGAAGAAGAUGAAUUUGAAACUAUAGAGAAGUUCAUGGAUAGUAGAGUUGGCCGAAAAGGAGCCACGGGUGCUGCAACCACCAUUUAUGCAGUUGAGGCAGACGGUGACCCAAAUGCUGGAUUUGAAAAGUCAAAGGAGCCAGGAGAAAUACAGUAUCUUAUUAAAUGGAAAGGUUGGUCACACAUCCAUAACACUUGGGAAACUGAGGAAACGCUGAAGCAACAAAAUGUUAAAGGAAUGAAGAAAUUGGACAACUACAAGAAAAAGGAUCAGGAAACAAAACGAUGGUUGAAAAACGCUUCUCCAGAAGAUGUGGAAUAUUACAAUUGCCAGCAGGAGCUUACAGAUGAUCUACAUAAACAAUAUCAGAUAGUGGAAAGAAUAAUUGCUCAUUCAAAUCAGAAAUCAGCAGCUGGUUAUCCAGACUACUAUUGUAAAUGGCAGGGUCUGCCUUAUUCAGAAUGUAGCUGGGAAGACGGUGCGCUCAUUUCCAAAAAGUUUCAAGCACGCAUUGAUGAGUACUUUAGCAGAAAUCAAUCCAAGACCACUCCUUUUAAGGACUGCAAGGCUCUAAAACAGAGGCCAAGGUUUGUUGCACUAAAGAAGCAACCAUCUUACAUUGGAGGACAUGAAACUUUAGAGUUAAGAGAUUAUCAGUUAAAUGGAUUGAAUUGGCUUGCUCACUCAUGGUGCAAAGGGAAUAGCUGUAUUCUCGCAGAUGAAAUGGGUCUGGGUAAAACAAUACAAACAAUUUCUUUUCUGAACUACCUGUUUCACGAGCAUCAAUUGUAUGGGCCUUUUUUGCUGGUUGUGCCACUUUCUACCUUGACAUCUUGGCAAAGAGAGAUUCAAACUUGGGCUCCUCAGAUGAAUGCUGUAGUUUACUUAGGAGAUGUAACUAGCAGAAAUAUGAUAAGAACUCAUGAAUGGAUGCACCCACAAACCAGACGAUUAAAAUUUAACAUACUUCUAACAACGUAUGAAAUUUUGCUGAAGGAUAAGUCAUUCCUUGGUGGUCUGAAUUGGGCGUUCAUAGGAGUUGACGAAGCUCAUCGUUUAAAAAAUGAUGACUCCCUUCUGUACAAGACUUUAAUAGAUUUUAAGUCUAACCAUCGUCUUCUUAUUACUGGAACCCCUCUGCAAAACUCCCUCAAAGAGCUUUGGUCUUUGUUGCACUUCAUCAUGCCAGAAAAGUUUUCUUCCUGGGAAGAUUUUGAAGAGGAGCAUGGCAAAGGGAGAGAGUAUGGUUAUGCAAGUCUUCACAAAGAACUUGAACCAUUUCUGCUGAGAAGAGUUAAAAAGGAUGUAGAAAAGUCUUUACCUGCUAAAGUUGAGCAAAUUCUGAGGAUGGAAAUGAGUGCGUUGCAGAAGCAAUAUUACAAGUGGAUUUUAACUAGGAAUUAUAAAGCCCUCAGUAAGGGUUCAAAAGGCAGUACCUCAGGCUUUUUGAACAUCAUGAUGGAACUCAAGAAGUGUUGUAACCAUUGCUACCUCAUUAAACCACCGGAUGAUAAUGAAUUCUAUAAUAAACAGGAGGCCUUACAGCAUUUAAUACGUAGCAGCGGGAAACUAAUCCUUCUUGACAAGCUACUGAUUCGUCUGCGAGAACGUGGCAACAGAGUUCUAAUUUUCUCACAGAUGGUGAGGAUGCUGGACAUCCUGGCAGAGUAUCUGAAGUAUCGUCAGUUUCCCUUUCAGAGACUUGAUGGAUCAAUAAAAGGGGAAUUGAGGAAACAAGCACUGGAUCAUUUUAAUGCAGAAGGAUCAGAGGAUUUCUGCUUUUUACUCUCUACCAGAGCUGGAGGAUUAGGUAUCAACUUGGCAUCUGCUGACACUGUAGUUAUAUUUGAUUCUGAUUGGAAUCCACAGAACGAUCUACAAGCACAGGCUAGAGCGCAUAGGAUUGGACAGAAGAAACAGGUUAAUAUUUAUCGGCUGGUCACAAAAGGAUCAGUAGAAGAAGAUAUUCUUGAAAGAGCCAAGAAAAAGAUGGUGUUGGAUCAUUUAGUAAUUCAGAGAAUGGACACUACAGGGAAAACCAUACUACAUACAGGCUCUACUCCUUCAAGCUCAACCCCUUUUAAUAAGGAGGAAUUAUCAGCAAUUUUGAAGUUUGGUGCUGAGGAACUUUUUAAAGAACCUGAAGGGGAAGAACAGGAGCCCCAGGAAAUGGAUAUAGAUGAAAUCUUGAAGAGGGCUGAAACUCGGGAAAAUGAGCCAGGUCCAUUAACUGUAGGAGAUGAGUUGCUUUCACAGUUCAAGGUGGCCAACUUUUCCAAUAUGGAUGAAGAUGAUAUUGAGUUGGAACCAGAAAGAAAUUCAAGAAAUUGGGAAGAAAUCAUUCCAGAAGUCCAGCGGCGAAGAAUAGAAGAGGAGGAAAGACAAAAAGAACUUGAAGAAAUAUACAUGCUCCCAAGAAUGAGAAACUGUGCAAAACAGGUGUGUCUUGAUUCUGACUGA